AUGGCUGAACAAGUUGUCACUCCUCCUUCUCCAGAGUCUCCAAAGAUGUUGUCGUCAUCUUCCGGGACUCCUGAACCUUCUACUGAAGCCCCAACUAAAAAAAAGUUUGGUGAACACACCUUGGUUGAAGGUGACUAUGAAUCCGCUCCUUCUCUUAUGUUCGCUGCCUUGGUUGUGCUUUCCGUCACCUUUGUGGGGUUCACUUUCGGUUUCGAUACCGGUACCAUUUCUGGUAUCACCGGGUUUCCUGACUAUAUUGAAAGAUUUGGUCAAUUGAACCACGCUACUGGUGAAUACUACUUCACUACCACCAGAAAAUCUUUGAUUAUUGCCUUUUAUUCCGUUGGUGGUGGUGUCGGUGGUAUCUUCUUAUCUGGUUUCGCUAACACCAUUGGUAGAAAAUACUCGCUUUUGAUUUUCCUUUCUAUUUACGUCGUUGGUAACAUUAUUCAAAUCACCUCGGGCCAUGGCAAAUGGUACCAAAUGUUUAUUGGUAGAAUUAUCACUGGUUUGUCGUCAGGGGCCUUGGCCAGUGUCGCUCCAAUGUUUGGUGGUGAAUUGAGUCCUGCCAAGUACAGAGGUGCUUUAGUUUGUUCUUUCCAAUUAUUCCUUACUCUUGCCAUCUUUUUGGGUUACUGUUGUGAUUACGCCACCAAGGAACACAAUAGUGGUGCUGCCCAAUGGAGAAUCGUCAUGGGUUUGAAUUUCCUUUGGGCCUUUUUGAUUUUCGCUCUUGUGUGGAUCGUGGUUCCAGAAUCCCCAAGAUACUUGGCUGAAAUUGGUAAAGGUGACAAGGCUAAGGAAACUAUUGCCUACAUCAACAAAGUUCCAUUGAAGUCCAGAUUUGUCGAAGAAGAAUACAAGGCUAUCGAAGAAGGUAUCUUGACCGAACAAGCUGCCGGCACUGCCUCUUGGAAAGAAUUGAUCACCGGUAAGCCAAAGAUUUUCCCAAGAGUCGUUAUGGGUUUCAUGAUUAUGGCUUUGCAACAAUUAUCUGGUAUCAACUAUUUCUUCUAUUACGGUACUACCAUUUUUGCUGCCGUCGGUUUACAAGACUCUUACCAAACUGUGAUUGUCCUCGGUGUUGUUAACUUUGCCUCGACCAUUUUCUCCUUAUAUUUUGUUGACAAGUUUGGUAGAAGAAGUACCUUGAUUGGUGGGUCCAUUGUCGGUGCCAUUGCCUUGUACAUUUACACCAUUUUGGGGGUUGUCGCCUUGUAUCCUAACGGUAGAGAUGAAGCCUCUUCUAAGCCAGUCGGUAAUGCCAUGAUUUUCCUCACUUGUUUGUUUAUCGCCGCCUUUGCUGCCUCUUGGGGUGCCAUUGGUUACGUUAUCUUGGCCGAAUCUUUCCCAAUCAGAAUUAGAGCUAAGGCUUCAUCUGUCGGUAUCUUGUCUUCUUUCUUGUGGAACUUCUUGAUUUCUUUCUUCACUCCAUACAUCACCAACGCUAUUCAUUUUUCCUUCGGUUUUAUCUUUGCCGGGUGUUUGACCUUUGCCAUUGGUUACAUCUACUUCACCGUUUACGAAACUAAGGGUUUGACUUUGGAAGAAGUCGAUCUCAUGUACGGGGACAAGAAGUGUAACCCAUGGAACUCUGCCAACUGGAAAAAUAAAGACAAGAGCUUGGAUGAAACCAAGGUUGAUUCCACCGACGUUUCUGAACACGAAACUGUUUAA